CUCUUCCCCGGGGCAGGCGGGAGGGAUCGGGAGGGAUCGGGACCGCGUUCCCUCCCACGGGGAGGAAGAGGCGCCCCGCGCUGCCUCGGGGAAGAGCCGUCUCUCGCCGCCUGGGCAGGGCGGCCGGUUCCUCCCCAGCGGGACGCCCCUUUCCCGAGCCGCGCGGGGCCGGGGCUGGGGGAGCUCCCGGGGCGGCAGGAGGAGGAGGAGGAGGCGCCGCUCCCGCUCCCGGCCGCGCCGCCGCCCGCCGAGCGGCCCCGCAGUUUCACAUCCUUGAAUGUCCCUCUGCUGCUUGAAGAUGAAGAAAAUGAUUGCAUGCUUCUGUCUGCUACUUGGACAUAUUCUGCUUUCCACUGUCUCUGUCAUGGCCAAAGAUCUCCCUGGAGGACAUUUCACCCGAAGAAGGGAUGUUAACUCACCAUCUCGACGAGAAAACACUUGCAACAACAAACGUCUGGACCUUGUCUUCAUCAUUGACAGCUCUCGCAGCGUACGUCCUUAUGACUUUGAGAAAGUGAAGGAGUUCAUUUUAACCAUCUUGCAGUUUCUGGACAUUAGUCCUGAUGCGACGCGAGUAGGUCUGAUUCAGUAUGGCAGCACAGUCAAACACGAGUUCUCACUGCAGACAUUUAGGAGGAAGCAGGAUAUUGAACGAGCAGUGAAGAGGAUGAUGCACUUGGCAACCGGCACCAUGACUGGACUGGCUAUUCAGUAUGCAGUGAACAUUGCAUUUUCAGAGUCAGAAGGAGCUCGACCUCUGAAGCAAAACGUUCCACGAAUCAUCAUGAUAGUGACAGAUGGGAGACCUCAGGAUCCAGUAGCAGAGAUUGCUGCUAAAGCUCGUAACUCGGGUAUCCUGAUUUUUGCCAUUGGAGUGGGAAGAGUAGAUAUGAACACACUGAAGUCCAUUGGGAGUGAACCUCAUGAAGAGCAUGUGUUUCUGGUUGCUAAUUUCAGUCAGAUUGAAACACUGACCUCUGCCUUCCAGACUAAACUUUGUGUGCCCCAUUUGUGCAGUACAGUUAAGCAUCGCUGUGAUCACUUCUGCAUAAACACCCCUGGCUCCUACGAAUGCAGAUGUAAACAAGGAUACAUUCUGAAUGCUGACCAGAAGACAUGCAGCACUCAGGACCUUUGUGCUGUGGAGAAACAUGCCUGUGAGCAGAUUUGUGUGAACACACCUGGGUCUUACGUCUGUCAGUGUUAUGAAGGAUAUGAGCUUGAUGCAAAUGGAAAGAAUUGUGUCCUUGUUGACUACUGUGCUUUGGAUAAUCAAGGUUGCCAGCAUGAGUGUGUUAACACUGAGGACUCCUAUUACUGUAGAUGCCACGAAGGGUUCAUUUUAAAUCCAGACAAAAGAACUUGCAGAAGACCAGACUAUUGUGCUCUUCAGGACCAUGGCUGUGAGCAGGAAUGUGUUAAUACAGAUGAUUCCUAUUUUUGUCAAUGCCAAGAAGGGUUUAGACUUAAUCCAGAUAAGAAAACAUGCAGAAGAGUGGAUCACUGUGCUGAAAGCAAUCAUGGCUGUGAGCAACUGUGUCUCAAUACUGAUGUCUCCUAUGUCUGUCAGUGCUCUGAAGGAUUUGUCAUCAAUGAGGACCUAAAAACCUGCACUCGAGUUGACUAUUGUGCUCUGAGUGAUCAUGGAUGUGAACAUUUGUGUGUAAACGGCGACAGAUCUUAUACUUGUCAGUGUUUUGAAGGAUACAGGCUUCGUAAUGAUGGGAAAACAUGUAAACGUAAAAAUGUCUGCAAAUCAGUCAACCAUGGCUGUGAGCAUAUUUGUGUUAGUGCUGACAAUUCCUACAUCUGCAAGUGUCGUGAGGGAUUUGUAUUGAGAGAAGAUGGCAAGACGUGUAGAAGACAGGACAUCUGCAAAUCAGUCAGCCACGGCUGUGAGCAUAUUUGUGUUACUGAAGGUGACUCUUAUGUUUGCAAGUGUCAUGAAGGUUUUCUGCUGAGAGCAGAUGGGAAAACAUGCAGACAUAAAGACAUUUGCAGUGCAGUUGACCAUGGCUGUGAACAUGUUUGUGUUAGUGCUGACGAGUCAUACAUCUGCCAGUGUUAUGAGGGAUUUGCACUUAGGGAAGAUGGAAAAACAUGUAAAAAUAAAGACAUCUGCAAAUCAGUCAGCCAUGGCUGUGAACAUCUUUGUGUUAAUAAUGACGAUUCAUACACUUGCCAAUGCCGUGACGGAUUUGUACUAAGGCAAGAUGGGAAAACAUGCCGAAGCAAGGAUAUUUGCAAAUCAGUCAACCAUGGCUGUGAACAUGUUUGUGUUAAUGCUGGUGAUUCAUUUGUUUGUAAGUGUCAGGAGGGAUUCCUGCUAAAAGAAGAUGGAAAAACAUGCAAAAAUAAAGACCUUUGUAAAUCAGUCAACCACGGCUGCGAACAUGUUUGUGUUAAUACUGAUGAUUCCUAUAUCUGCAAAUGCCAUGAUGGAUUCCUACUGAGAGAAGAUGGGAAAGCCUGCAGAAACAAGGAUGUUUGUAAUUCAGUCAGCCAUGGCUGUGAACAAAUUUGUGUGAAUACUGAAGAUUCCUACAUCUGCAAGUGUAGUGCAAAAUUCGUACUGAGGGAAGAUGGAAAGACAUGUAGAUAUAAAGAUGUUUGCAACUCAGUUGACCAUGGCUGUGAACAUAUUUGUGUUAAUACUGAUGAUUCCUAUAUCUGCAAGUGUCAUGAGGACUUCACACUGAGGGAAGAUGGGAAAACUUGCAGGAGUAAAAAUAUCUGCAAAACAGUCAACCAUGGUUGUGAACAUGUCUGCGUUCCAAAUGGCGAUUCAUACACAUGUCAGUGUCACAAGGGAUUUGUAUUGAGGCGAGACAAGAAAACAUGUAGGAACAGAGACCUGUGUAUAUCCAUUGACCAUGGCUGUGAACAUGUGUGCAUUAACAAUAACAAUUCAUACAGCUGUCAGUGCCAUGAGGGUUUUGUCCUGCGACAAGAUGGGAAAACAUGUCGAAAUAAAGAUGUCUGCAAAUCAGUUGCCCAUGGUUGUGAACAUAUUUGUGUUAAUAAUGACGAUUCAUACAUCUGCAAAUGUCAGGAGGGAUAUGUACUCAAAGAGGAUCAGAAAACAUGCAGAAGAUGCACUGAAGGCCCAGUUGACCUGGUGUUUGUGAUUGAUGGAUCAAAAAGUCUCGGAGAGGAAAAUUUUGAAAUAGUAAAACAAUUUGUCUCAGGAAUCUUGGAUACGCUUGAGAUUUCACCCAAAGCUGCUCGAGUUGGUUUGCUUCAGUAUUCCACUGAAGUUCGCACAGAGUUUACAUUAAAGCAGUUCAGCUCAGCCAAAGACAUGAAGAAAGCUGUAUCGCAAAUGAAAUACAUGGGGCGAGGAUCCAUGACAGGACUGGCUCUGAAGAAAAUGUUUGAGAGAAGCUUCACAGAAACAGAAGGAGCAAGACCAUUUUCAGCUAACGUGCCUCGAAUCUCCAUUGUGUUUACGGAUGGACGAGCCCAAGAUGAAGUGUCCGAGUGGGCUGCUAGAGCAAAGAGAAAUGGUAUAAUUAUUUAUGCCAUUGGAAUAGGAAAAGCAAUUGAGGAAGAACUGCUGGAAAUUGCUUCUGAGCCAUCAUAUAAACACCUCUUUUAUGCUGAGGACUUCACAGCUAUGGAGGACAUAAGCGAAGAGCUAAGAGCCCAAAUCUGUGAAGCCUUGAAAGAGUCAGUUCACCAGCAGAAUCCAUCAUCUGGGAGGCUUCGUAAGACUGGUUCACAGCCUUCAGGACCUGAAUCAACCACAAUAGCCAUCACAGAUGCCAUUGCCUGUCCCAAUCUUGCAAUACACCACAAGUAUCUUUUUGAAGACAGUCACACUCACUCAACAACAGCAAAAGCUUCAAAAGAUAAAGACCAGUGCAAAUGUGAAAACCUUGUGACAUUCCAGAACUAUGCAACCAACGAAGUAAGAAAACUCACCCAGCGAUUGGAAGAAAUGACUAAGAGAAUGGAAGAUUUGGAAAACCGGCUAAAAUAUUGACCAAAAUUUGAAGUGUAUAUUACACUGUAUAUUUAUACAUACAAACUUGUCAGAGCUAUUUUCUUAAACUGGUUCAAAGUAAAAUAACACAUCCUUGUGUCUGAAGUUGAAAAGAAUAUUUUUGGUCCCUGCAUCUGUAUACGAUGUGUUUUGUCUUGCAUUGAUUGAAGAUAAGAAAUGUUCAAAAUUUUAUAUAUAUAUAUAAACAAUUUAGUAACUAGCAAAAAUUCUAAUUAAGCAGAACUAAACUGAAAUAAGCUAUGCAAAAUAAUAAAAUGCUGUUAUUUUUUGAAGUGAAACCUCCAUGUUUUUCAGUAUUUUUAGGGUACAAAUUUAUUUGCCUUGCUUUUCUGCAUCUCCCUUCACUCACUCUGCUAGUAUUUGAAGCACCCUAUCGGUGUGGACACAUACAGUUCUCUACACACACACGUAAGUGGGAUAGCAUUCACAGCAAUUAGAUUUCAACCAAUAUUCUUCAAAGAAGAGCAGACUACUGAAAUCAGCUGGAGGUAAAAAUACAAAUUUAUACAUUUGUGUUGAAACUGUAAUGAAAGUAAAUGCACAAAGUGCAAAGUCUGCUGGAUUAUUGGGGCAUCACAAUCCAAAUGUUCAAAUAUUUUUACUCUUUCCACAUCCAGACCGUGUAAGUUCUCCUUUACUGUUCCCUGGAAGCAUUCAAGGAUUCUCCAACUUCCCUGAAAGCAACUAGUAUUUUAAUAAUAAAAACAUUCUUUGGGCAAUACAACUAGCUGCAUACCUGUUUGUCAAACACAAAGAUACAAAUGAAAACAGCAAAUUGGUUCCAGCCAUUCUGGCCAAAUAAAGUGCUUUUAAGUUUUACUCCUUCCCCUUGGCAGCAGAGGCUCUCUUCUGCUAGUUUUACUUUCACACUAACAGCAGCAUCUAAACUAUCUGUUGAACUGAUCCAAAUCUGUGGUUUAACAGGUAAGAGAUACCAGCCCUUCCUCCCUUGCUCUGGCGCUCACUGGUUUGCCUCCUUACCAUCUCCAAAUAGAAACACACAACCUCAUCCGUUCUAUACCAGAAGUAGUUGCAUCAAAAUCGGAUUAGGUGAUCUCAGGUAAGCUAAUGAGUGCACAUAGAUAUGUAACAGAAAGCUCUAAAAGGUACUUUGUACUUUGGCAGACAGAAUGCAAGCUCUGCAAGGGUAUCAGUACAUACAGAU